AUGUUUGACUACUCCACCUGUGGCCUUGCACCACAAGAGAUAGUUGUACCACAGUAUUUCCCCAAACCAGGUCUUAGACAAGAGGGCUCUCCCAUACCGAUCAAUGAAGAAUUCCGCCGGCUGACAACAAAAACUCUGGAGCCGAAGUUCAUGGCCAUGCUGGAUAACUACACACCAAGGCUCCUGGGUCUCUUCCAGAGCAAAGGAGGGGCCUUAGGGGAAAGACUCAAGGCUAAUAUGAGCCGUCUUUUUGAGGAUCCCAACAACAUUGACCUCAGGAGAGAAGUGGUCAUCUUAUCCCUGAUUGACUACCUGGGAGAAGAAAAAAAGGCACUGAUAAAAGAAUACCACUCAGAAGACCUGGCCCAAGAAGACCAGCAAGUGAUGAAAAUCUGUGUUGUCGCAGAUGAGGUUGGCAUUGUCCUGGAAGGUGCAAGGGUGAUGCGUGGCUUGGGAAACAUAGCAAGUGCAUGCUCUGCUCUUCUUGGCCUUACCUAUGCUCUGAAUCUGAGCUAUCCCAAGGAACUUAAACAUACGUUUGAGACCUUUCAAAAAAUCUUUCUUGAAGUGGAGGAGGGGAAGCUUUCAGGGAAACUACAUUCCCUGAAAAACAAACUGAAGUAA